GUAACAUUGCUACAGAUUUCUGUUCCUUCUCGAACCGAUGUGAAAGAGUAUCAGGAUCUGAAGGAAGAGAUGGACCAGCUUGUAGGGCGUAUCAAUGGCAGCUUCACCACUUACAGCUGGUCGCCAAUUCGUUACAUCUAUGGCUGUGUGAGUCAUGAUGAGUUGGCUGGUUUUUACCGUGAUUCUGCUGUGGCCCUUGUGACACCCCUGCGUGAUGGAAUGAACCUCGUAGCCAAGGAGUUUGUAGCAUGUCAGAUCAACCAGCCACCUGGCGUUUUAAUUGUGUCUCCAUUUGCUGGAGCUGGUGAAACGAUGCAUGAAGCUCUGAUCUGCAAUCCGUAUGAGAUCAAUGAGGCUGCUGAGGUUCUACACAGAGCUCUCACAAUGCCAGAAGAUGAACGGACAUUACGAAUGAAUUCUCUUCGUCGCCGUGAGAAGGCCAAUGAUGUGAACUUCUGGAUGAAGUCAUUCAUGAAACAGAUGGGCUCACAAAUUGAGGAGGAGGAUGCUGAUGAGGUCAAGUCUGUCACCAUGCAUCCAGUGACCAUGGAUGACUUUGAGGAGUACCUUGCUGACUACAUUGGGCAGACGAACAAAGUGGCACUCCUUUUGGAUUAUGAUGGAACGCUUGCACCAAUUGCUCCACACCCUGACCUUGCAAUUCUCCCAGUGGAAACAAAGAAUGUUCUACAGCGGCUCUCGAACAUGCCUGAUGUAUAUAUCGCAAUUGUCUCUGGACGCAAUGUGGACAAUGUCAUGAAUAUGGUUGGGAUAGAGGGCAUAACAUAUGCUGGAAAUCAUGGCUUAGAAAUCAUUCAUCCAGAUGGGACAAAGUUUGUGCAUCCUAUCCCUGCCGAACUGGAAGGAAAAGUUCGAGAUCUUCUUAAAAGUCUACAGGAUCAGGUAUGCAAAGAAGGAGCAUGGGUAGAGAACAAAGGAGCCGUUCUCACAUUUCAUUAUCGGGAGACACCCGCGUGCGUGCGUGCUGAACUUGUUCCGCAGGCAUGCAAACUCAUAGAAAGCCACGGAUUUAAGGUCGGUUCAUCUCACUGUGCUGUAGAGGCUAGACCCCCUGUGCAGUGGAACAAGGGUCGGGCGUCAAUUUACAUCCUUCGUACUGCAUUUGGUUUUGAUUGGAGCGAACGUAUCCGCAUCAUUUAUGCUGGUGAUGAUGUCACUGAUGAGGAUGCUAUGCAGGCCUUGAAAGGUAUGGCAGCUACAUUCCGUGUUACCUCAUCUAGCAUCAUCCGCACUGCGGCGGAAAGACGCCUGCCAAGCACAGACUCUGUUCUCAUGAUGCUGAAGUGGUUGGAACGCCACCUGAGCCAGCGCAAGCCUGGAGGGGAAGAUACAAUGAGGGCACUGAAGAACAAGAUUAUUGCUCGAAAUUCCAGCAGCUUGAAGGUGGAAAUGUCGUUUGUACCGAUAUCACUGAAAGGGGCUGAAGAGAGUGCUUUGGAGGAAAGUUCAGAAGAACACUAGCAGCCAGUGAUCUCAGUGUAGAUCAUACAUGAGACUGAAGAUAGAUUGCAGCAGGUAAUUAUUGUCAUCUGUCACAUUUUCUAACAUACUGCAAAAAUGUGAUGUAUCAUGCAGCUUCUUUUUUUCCAGAAAUACAGGCUUCCAGUGGAUUACAUUUCCUAAUGUGGAGUUGUACUAUUGUAUUUUGUUGUAUCAACUUUUGGACCUGCACAUCUGUAUCACAAAUACUGGACCUCUAUCUUCCUUGUCACAAGUUCAGGACUCUACAUAUUUUGUACCAAAAAUUGUUGUACUUUUAGUUCUACAUCAGAAUUUCUGUAACUGUACAUCUGGAAUGCUGCAUCUUAAGGCUUAUACAUCUUUCACGUCACAGAUUUUUAAUAUGUACAGCCUAUGUAUCACAAAUUUCAGAUUGAUACAUCUUUCAAAUUUUGGACACAAGUGUCAGAUCUGUGCAUGUACAAUAUGUACACUCAGCUAUAUGUAGGAAUCAGUUUACCAGUUUUCAGGGAAUGAGGUUCAUUAGAAGUCACCCCAGUCUUAUACUUAAUUUCCUACAGCUGGUGAUGACAACAUGGCAGAUGCACAAGCUUGUUAUCAGCUUAAGUUUUGAUUCAAAAGUUAUGUGAAUCCUGACAUCUGUAGCAUCUUAAGCUCGAUUUUGACUUUUGAUAACUUAAAAGUACUGUAUCAAGUUUUGUGUAUGCCCAUUUCUCAUCAAGAUUGUCCAUCACAGACUGUUGUAACAACUGUGGUCACAAGUUCCUUGCUCGUAAUUGUGGUUAUGAUGUACAUAUAUGCUGUAAUGUGAUAGCUUUAUGUAAAAGAAAUAUAAUAUGUAAGAUUUGAGGCUUUCAUGGCGGUGACUAUGAAGAAAGCAGUCUUCCUCCGAAACGUCGGUUAACACCACAUAUACACGGUGCCAAAUCCCAGAAGACUGCUUUCUUCGAAAUAUAAUAUGUUUUCCAUAUGUGCAUAUUGUUUCUAUUUUUGUGUAUGACUGUUAUAUAUCAGAUUGAAUACAAAUUUAUGUAAACUUUCUUAGAAACUUUGCAUUUCAAAUCAGAUAUUGAGAUUAAUAAUUUACUAUACAACCCUUUUCCUUGUUCAUGAGGAAGAGUAUGUCAUUGAGGUAUGUUAACCAGUAUUUACCAUCAGAAUUUUAAUAUCAGUGCGCUGUUUCAUCCCUGAGCAAUUAUGUAUAUAAUAGGAUAUGGUUUAUGAUUUACUGUGUAUGUGGUAUUCAUGAAUUUGGAUCAGUAGUAGUAAAGAACAUGACCAGAAAAUAUCAGUAUGCUUCAGUUGGUAUUUCAGAUCUUUGCUGAAAGUUUACAAGUAGAUAAGAGAAACACACUACUUGCAUAUUUUGGGUUCAAGAAUCAGCCAAGCAGCAAGCAGAGCUCUGUUUUACUGAGGUUACCUUGCAGUAGUCACAGAUCUAUGGAAAUGUUAUUAGUCAGAAGUACAGGAAUCUGUUCAUGAGAGAUUGCAAUUAAGAGGAAAGGGUAUUUUUGAAAGAAAAAAAACUGUAAUGGUGAAGUUACUGUCAUACUGAAAUUUAUAAAAAAAAUGCAUUUUAAACACUGAAAAUGAUGCGUUAGAUAUUUUAUUAAGUCCAGUUAAUAGAAUUUAUUUAGACAUCUUAUGUUGUCAAGGUUUUUUUUAGAAUGCUAAUAAUGUAAAGUAAUGCUAUGCCGUUUGUUUAAGGAUGAAUAUAAGAAAUUAACUAGUACAUUAUUAGCUCAAAUUUUGGGAAAUAUUUAAUGACUUUAGAAGCAAGAUGGUUUACAAUACACAUUGUAUGUUGUGAAACUGUGAGAUUUUGUACUCUUGUCUUCUUGGAUAUGAUAGGUUGGAGGAACCGUACACCUAUAAAUAAGGAGCUGACAGGGACAGACUUUUUUUAUUCUCCACACCAGCUCUGGGGCCCACCCAGCCUCCUGUACAAUGGGCACUUUGCACUCUUUCCUUGGGGGUAGAGUGGCUGGAGCAUGAAGUUCACUACUCGCCUCCCUCUAAUUCCAAAUUUGGUUGAACUGUACCUCCAGUCCCCCAUACAUCUUCAUGGUGUGGUGCUUAAUUAAUUAAGCAUGAGGAUAUAUUUUUAACUUAUCUGUAUUGUUUGAUUGUCUUUCUGUAGAGAGCAGGGGAAUGUUAUUCUUAACUUACAUAAAAUUACUGUGGAAGAGUAAAAUAAUGGAAAAUGGUGUACAAAACGAAAUACUUUUAUUGGCUACUCUUCAGUCUAGUUUUAUUACAAAAAUGUAUUAGACCAGUUUUAGCCAAAAUACAGUAUUAAAAAAAAA